AUGGCCAAAAAGAAGUCAAAAAACACAAAUAAUAACAACAAGGACAACAACAAUCAUGAUAGUAAUUCCAAGACCAACAAUAACGAGGAAACAAAUACAGAAAUUGAGCAACCAUCAUCAUCUCAUUCCGAACCUCUCAGCUCAAGUCAUGAACACAACUCGGUCAAGACAACAUCAUCAUCUUCAUCAUCAACCUCCAACACUUUGAAAGCAAAAAAAAAGAAACAAGCCUCUUCAAAGCCUUCAAAAAAGCAAAAUGCAUCCUCUCGACAACCAUCCACUACUGACCCUUCUUUACUUAAAAAUCUUCCUCCAUUCUUUCAUGCUUUUGAGUUAUUAACUCAUUUAGAGCCUCCGAAUUUACAACAUGCAUUUCAAAUAUUUAUUGAUGAUACCGAGAGAUUAGUUUUGUUGGGAAAUAGUUCUCAACGAAAAACGAGUCAUCAAAAAUUUAUCAUCAUUGCAAAUCAGCCUUAUUCUAUUCCUCAUCCAAUUUUCGUUGAUAAGCACACAACAAGCGAUUUUACUACAAAUAAUUUUUAUAGACAAUCACGAUAUAUUUAUGAUAGUUUGAAUCAUGAAUUGAAAUUUUCGUCUUUGAAAGGAGAUUCCGAUUCUAAAAGUUAUAUCUUUCAAUUAUAUUACAAUGACCAAUUCUUUGUUAUACUUUCCAACAUUUUCACCUAUGUGUUUGAUGAAUUACCAAAGAAGGGCUAUGAAUACGGUGAGAAAGUCUCACUUUUAUUACAAGUCAAAUUGUUUCAAGUACUCAUGUACAUCAUGAGAUACAUACUUCCUCAAGACAAAAAUGAAAAGGCUUCUAUCACUCUCAGAGCAAAUCAGUUCAUUAAUCUUGUGUUGCCUUAUCUUUACAGAUAUUAUUCUUAUAUGGCAAAUCGACAAGAGGACAAAAUACUUAGAAGAAAACGACAAGACAAAAUGCUAUCAAGAAGACGAAGAUAUACUAAGGAAGAGGAUGAACAAGAUCCAAACUCAUAUCGCUCUGAUGAGCUACUAGACAACGAAGCUAUUUGGGAGUAUCACUUAUAUGUUCUAUUUAGCACAAUUUAUCACGUCACCUUUUUCAGACCUGAAUGGGUUUGUGGAAGCUUGCUCAGAGGUCGUGCAUCUAAUUUUAAUGUCAAAGUUGAAGAUGUGGACAAUAGAAACUACAAGGCCAAUACCGAAAUGUCCAGUCUCAGUUUUAAAAAUAUUUUCUUUGGGUUAAUGAGAUCAGCUGUGGAAACCAAACAUGCUCCUCUCAGAAGUAGACAUACACUUCUGAUAGUUCAUCACUUGCUAUUUAGAUUAUUGAAAACUUGUCAUUCUUAUCUAUCAGUUAAAUUACCAAUCGAUUGCAAGUUCUGUUUUGAGCAUGCUCAGGAUAUGAUGUUAUUAGAACCAUUACUUUCUGCCUUAGAAUUCACCAUGAACAAAAUUCCAAAACACAGAUCCCAAGUGAUUCGAUCGGAAGUUAACCAAAUGUUCAAAUACUAUGUUCAAUACCACAAUGAACAUCCUAAUGAGUCAACCUACUACAUAGAUGCUCUGGAGCGAUUUAUUUUCAAUUUCAUUAAGAAUGGAAGUAGUAACUUGGCUUCACUUAUUCCAAUUUCUGGAGAUGUUAACAGUAUUGAUCCUUUUAAUUUGCUUUCACAAGCUUUGACGUCACCCUAUCAAUUUAAUACUGAUGUUAUUUGGACUUGUUUGCAAACUCUUUCAAUUCCAGAUCAAGAGAGAUAUGGAAAAAUUGUAUUGAACAUUCUCAAGCAACAUCCGUAUAUGGCAGAAUUAUAUUACAAUACGAUUUUGGGAAACACACACGACAAGACAGCUAAUCUUACAGCCAUUAGCUAUCGUAACUUUAUGUUCCUCAAAUUUAACUCCAACAUUUGUGUAGAGUUUCUAAAUUCAAUUACUCCACAAAUAACCAUUGAACAUGUCAGACAGCCUGAUAAGAGCAUUCCACUCAUAGUUUCUUCCAUUCUACUUGAACAAUCUCUUCUAUUUUCUAAGGAAAAGCUCGAUUACAUGUUCAAUGAGCAGAAAGAGGGGUCCAUGAUGAAUUUAAUUGUGAUCCAAAAAAUUCUUCACGUUUUCGUGAAUGUUUUUAAAAAGUUUGAAAGGAUGUUAUCCCAGUUAAAUGAUCUCCGAAAGAAACAAUGGUUAGCGGUUUCUGAGACUGAUGCAAGUACUCUCACAUCUGAAUUGAUCAAUCAAUAUGAGAAGGAUAUUGUGAUGGAAUUCAGAAGACGUUUUCCUAUUCCUCCCUCUUUAUUUAUUAAGGAGAUUUGUGUGGGUAGGAUUAUUAACAGUACCUCAACUCAUCCAAGUCCAUUGUUAAUGGAAAUAACUAUUCAGCUUUUCAAAUUUUAUUUUAAAUAUUAUCCUGAUCAGACGGGAAAGAACAACAUUGGUGUCUUGGUCCCAAUGCUCUCUCAGAUCGUUCAAAAAUAUACAAAGGGCAUGAAAACAGAUGAAUACAAGGCUAGUGAGAAUCUAGUUCAAGCCUAUAUUGAUUUGUUAUCAGAAAUGAACCUUUCUUUCUACCAUGACAUUUUACCUAACCUUGUCAUCACAACCAAGACUGGAAAUAUUCUGGUAGAUAUGAUUUUGGGAAUUGACUAUUUGGCUAUUUAUGAGGGAAUGAUGGGAGCGACUAGUUACAUUAGAAAGGCCAAAUUAUUUACAGAUAUUUUCAGUAAGGAUGAGCAAUCAAGAAGUAUUGUUUUUGGUAGCCAAUAUGAUUCCAUGCACUGGUUUAUGAUGACCUUCUUCAAUGAUCAAUCGAGUACUCACCUAAUUGACAUGAUGAUCAAAUUUAUCACUGAAAAUAGCAGUUCGCAAUUGCCAGCAAAAACUUCAAAGAAAAAUGAUGAUCUGAUCAAAUGGGAUGCACAAAUUUUUUCCAGGUUCAUGUUGUACUGCAUUGAGAAUUCUAGUAAUGUGGAUUAUAUUUUCCGAGUGUUUGUUCACAAAUUUAUUCAGUCACCACACGCAUUUGACCAAUCAAAGAGAAAUGAGUUACUUCAAAUUUUAAAGAAAGAUUCGUCCAACGCUGUCAAGUCUAAGAUAAUGUCCUUUACCCAAUUUGAAACAAUUCCAUCAAAUCGCUCCACUUCGUUAGAGAAGAGCACAAUCAUUGUUGAUGAAAUGUUCUAUGACAAUAUCCAACUCGUUUCUACACAGGACUUGGAGAGCGACAGCAUUGCCCAUCAAAUUCCAUACCCAAUUCUCUUUUAUUAUCAUUCCUUACACGGAGGUUCAACACAAAAAGUUCACAACCUCCUGAAAGACUUUCUCAAUAAGUUUGAAUUUGAUGAUUUGAAUGCCUUUGAAUACGUGAAUUGUAUCAAGAAAAGAUGGUUGUCUGGUGCUUACAGUUCAUUGUAUUGUCAGUUACUGAGUUACAUACUCAAAAGAUUUAAUUCAUUCAAGGAUGUGAUAUUUAAGGACUCUUCAAUUUCUCACUCUUUGAAGGAUAACUUGAAUAUGAUUAGCGAUGUUGUUUCUCUAUGGAAGUCAUCCAGCGAUGGAUCAAUAAUUUAUGAUGAAUAUAUGAACGUUGUUAAUCAAACUCUUAUUACAGCAUCUACCGCAGAUGCUGCAAUGAUAGAUCGAAUCAUUUUAGAAAAUAUUGAAGUACUGGACUACAAAAAGUUUUCACAACACCACUUGGCCAAUCUACUUGUGCGAAAUAAGAAGAAUGCUAAAUUCGUAUUUAGUAAUGUAGAAAAAUUUGGAACUUUUGUUCUGUAUUUACUGUUAGGAAUUGAUAAUACCAUUCUCACUAAAAGUACAAAGGAAAAAACAAGAUUGGUGAAUAUUGCAGAACUUGUUUCAGUAAUGGUGAACAAUAGAAUGGUAUUGAGUACAGCUAACAGAAUGGAAGUUGAUUGUCUCAAAUAUCAUCAAAUAUUUCUCAGGUUGAAUUUUGAUGAAUUUACAUCGGUACUCUCAAAAAUUGUGCAGUACAUCUCAAAAAGUUUCAUGUUGAUCGACGAACACCAAAAGCAAUUCUUAACUGAGCUCCUUUGUUGGUACUGUAGAUUUAGUAGCAAGUAUCACUUUGUUUGUCUGAGAGAAUUGUUCAGAUCUCCACCCGAUUUGAUGAACAAUCCAAAUAUUAUUUUGAUUUUGGAAACUAUUGUUCAGUAUUAUCCUGCACAACAGAAACUCCCUGAAAAUCUUUUCAAAGUUUUUGAAUCACAUGGAUUGGACGGAUUUUUAUCGAGCGUUGUGAAUAGCUGUACUUCUAAUCCUGGAGUUAUUACAGCAGCAAAAACCAUUAUCAAGCAUUUCACAAACAAUUACACCUAUGAUGAAACUCAUUUCAUUUCGUUUGUUGUGAAGUCUAAGUUGAUGGAUUUCCUUUCGUUGGAUGAAAGACGACAGAACAAUCAAUUCCAUAUUUAUUAUAAUAUUGUGAUGAACAAUGAAAAUCUUGACCUACUCCAAAACGAUGCAAUCAAUAAGCAAAUGAAAAUUCAUUUAGAAAACAUGAUUGAAAAUAAGAAGAAAUCUUCAAAGGUUUCAGAAAUGAUUAAUGCAUGGUCGAAGAAAAUUGUUGAGGGCAAUUAUGUGAGCAAUGGAGCACUAGAACUUUUCGAUGUGAUUUCAACCAAAUUUGCCUCUACAAAGACACAAUAUUUCUUUGAAAUGUACUAUUUGGAAAAUCCAUCCAUAUUUUAUGAGCACAUCACCAAAGCGACACAGCAAGACACUUCAUCUCUCUAUCACAUUGUUCAUCUUAUUUGCACUUUACUUACCAAAUAUGAUGCCAAUGCUCGUUUUAUUUCAAACAAGCCCAUCUUUGAGUAUCUUCUUUCACAUUAUGGCGCGACAUUGAACCAAACCGAUUUGGUUAUAUAUUUAAUUUUCAACAUUUAUGAAACUAAAUUGAGUACUCCUCUUGCCUCCUAUCACUAUCAAUUUGGAAAACGAACAAUUUUGAGAGAAACUAAAAAGCCAGACGAUGGAGCUCUCACAGAACAAGAGUUUCUCUCUUUGGAGUGGAAUAAUUUCAACCAACAAUUUGACAAGACAAAAUUGUACAACACCAUUCACCACAUUCCUGAUCAUCUUACCUUGUAUGGAAAUCACACAACAUUUGAGUUUAAGAAUAAUGACCAAAAUCUCAUCUGCAACAACGAUGUUUAUGAUAUUAGAUAUCUUCUUAGAUAUAUUAUGUAUUUAAUGUCACUAUUUCCUGAAUCUAGUAUUUACAGACAGAAUAGUUUGUAUUUAAGUGUUGCGUUUAGAUGCACCAGCUCACAUGACUACUAUGUGAGAAUGUUAGCUUAUGAAAUUAUUGGAAUGUAUUAUAAUUUUAUUGUGAAUCAUGUCAAUAGAUAUCAAGAGAGUGAUAUUUAUGAAGUACUGGUGUUGGUUUUCAGACAAAUCAAAAUCUCGUUACCAACUCCAUAUAUGAGAAUUUCACUUCCAUGGUCCAUGAUGUUGAGCAUUGUCGUGAAUUCCAUUUUGAGAACGACGGAAGAGCCAUCCACAUCAGAAACGUUAAAGUCAAGCGAAAAAGGUCUCCAACAUGAUGACGAGGAUGAUUCGACCGUCGCUACUCACACAACUCUUACCAAUCAUGAAGAUGCUUCAGAAAUGAAAACUGAUAAUGCCCAAACGAAUUCCUCAUUUGGAGAUGAAGAAGAAGCGACCAGUUUGUUAAUUUCAGUGUUGACAUCACUUCGGGAUUCACAACAUUACUACAUGCAACAUUUAAAUGCAAACACUGAUGACUUGUUCACCACUCACAUUCAACCUAUCCUUACCACCUCGUUUCUAUCUCUAAAUACCACUAAUAAGGUAUUGCUAAGAGAAGUUUCCAGAUUUUUUGAACAUCAAAGACCAUUCUUGAAGCUCGAUUCCUAUCCUGUUCAUAGAGAUCAUGUGAAAUCUAUCAAUGCCUUUGGAUUGAACUAUUUGAAAGUUCUAUUAUUUGGAUACCAAUCCGACGAAGAUUUUAUGGAACACUACAUUAAGAACAAUUCUAUUCAACAUUUAUUAAUGUCCUUUGAUCAUAUUCAAUCCAGCAAAUCCUAUCAUGUGUAUCAUCAAUUAGCAAUUUUAAGAGUCUUGAUUGAUGUUACAACGAGACUAGAUCAAUCCAGUGAAAAGUUGAUCAAACAUUUUGGUCUUUUGGAUUGGAUCAAGAAUCAAUUCAAAAGAUGUACAAAUGCUUUAACGACAAGUUCAACACAUUCUAAUAUUGAAUCAUCAAACACUGAAAUUAUUCGAUUGUUGAUGAUUCUUCUCUGUUCCAUCUAUCGAUCUAGAAAAGGAAAACAAAAUGAUAGAAACGUUCAAGAAUUGCUUUUGUGUGAAAUACCUAUAAUGAUCAAUAUCAUUCUCAAUGAUGAAACACUCUUGUCCAAUAUGGGAUGGAAAACAAUUCUUUGCAUUUUACAAUAUUGUAACGAUGAUUUCAAGGAAUUAAUUUCACUGAAUACCAUUAAUUUCAAUUCAAAUCUCAUUCAAACCAUUGUUCAAUGCUCUUAUUUGAGUAACAGUGAAAAGAUGGAGUUAUUAUUGCAAUUAUACUGUGUAUGUCCAUGUAGAGAUUGGAAUGACAUUGCAAAUGGACUCACCACCCUGAUAUUGCUAUUGAAUAAGAAUUCGAAUUCACAGUCCAUCUAUCACUUCAUUCAUCUAUUGUACUUGAUUACUGAAGAGUCUCUAUGUUAUUCAUCAACAAUAGUUGACAUUGGCAACAGUACAAGAACUCUAUUGAAAAACAAUGUGAUGAAUGUGAUUACCAUUCUCUACUAUCAAUAUCAACAUUUUUGUGAUUUAAGAUUUUUCGAAGGUUUGAAUAGAAUUAUUGUCAGUCAACUCGUAUCUCAACAACCAAUUCAGAACAGUAAGAAUGAGAACAUUCUCACUGUCGCUCUUGACUACAAUCAUCUUCUCUUAAAGAUGGCUCAAACCGAUCGAGAAUGUCUUGAACUAUACGAAAGAUUCAUGUUAAACUCUCAAUUAUCCAUUGAAUUGAGAGAAAAAUUCUUUACACCACUCAUUGAGGAUUUGAUGCCUCGACAAGCGCUGAGUUCUCAAUUCAUGGAAUUUGUGAAUCAAUCGAGUCUGUCCACAGCAAGUCAUGCCUCACAAAAGAAUAAGAAGAAAAAACAUCACUGA